GGGGAUCACUGGGAGGACUUUCAGUCAAACCCAAACUCACUCACUCACACACACACACACACACAGUGUGAGCAGUGAUUGGGAGCAAAUCCAUUUCAAACUUGCUGACAGACAGACAGAGGGAGAGAGUGACUGACAGACUGACUGACUGAUGGGCAGCUCUCCGGGUGAGCAGACCAACACCAAGCCGGGCAGCUGGAAUGUCCUCCAGGGCCGGCUCCUCCAACGCUACGAGAACCAGCCCUGCCUGGCCUGCCUGGCCGGCCUGUACAGCUGUCAGUGGAGACGCUACCAGCGAGCCAAGACCCCACCAGGGGCAUUCUGCUGCAGCAAGGUAGAGUGUAGCUGUCUGCUGGUGUUGGUGGCUGCCUUUUGGCUCUCUCUGGUCCUCCUUUACUUUUGGAGCAAAGCACAGAACGACUACAUCAACUUUGACUGGAAUUUUUACAGUGGCAAAUGGAUCCCAUGGUCGAUGGUGGUUCUUGUGGUGGUGACUGCUGUCUUUACCUACAUAGCACUCUUACUGGUCCUAGCAAUAUGCUUGCUGUCAGAGAGUCAACGCUUGUACCUUCACUGGUGUCACAAGAUUGGGAUUUUUCUGGUAUUGAUCUUCAGUGUGGUGUCGAUUGGGGUUUUAUUUAAUCAGUGGGCCGAGGAGUGGACAACCUUCAUCCUCUCCUUUCAGGUGACCGCUCCCUACCUCCACAUCGGUGGAAGCGUGGCAAUGACCUUGCUGUCGUGGACAGUCUCUCUGCAUUUCGCCAGGAUAAACAAACCAGGUCUGAGAGCUAUGCUGUUGGGGCCAUACCUCGCUGUCCUCCUCCUGCUCUAUCUGCUGCCUCUCAGCUUGUACUCGCCCUGCAUCAAACAACAGGGGACUCUGGGCCCCCGACCAGCCAUCUAUGGACACAGAGGGGCCCCUAUGUUAGCGCCAGAGAACACGUUGAUGUCGUUUGAGAAAAGCAUAGAAAUGGGGACAGAUGGUCUGGAAACUGAUGUGACCAUAAGCUAUGAUGGAAUCCCGUUCCUAAUGCACGACCAAACUCUCCAGAGAACAACCAACAUCAGAGAGGUACUGCCCAACAACUCGACUCACAGCGCUGACAAGUUUCAUUGGGCAACCUUGGCCAGUCUGAAUGCCGGCAAGUGGUUUCUUAAGGAUGAUCCCUUCCAGUCUGUGCACCUGCUGUCGAAGGCGGGGCGGGGCAGGGCGGGUAACCAAUCGGUGUGCACACUGGCUGAGCUCCUGGGCCUGGCCGCCAGACACCAGCAGUUGGUGAUAUUUGACCUGAAAAAACCUCACAGGAGUCACCCACACACCAACACCUGGGUCACCACGACCAUCGAUGUGAUCAAGCGAUCCGGAAUCGACCACCGGCUGAUCCUGUGGCUGCCCAAUGAGUUGAGGACGACAGUACAAUACCUGGCUCCUGGAUUUGUUCAAGUAUUUGGUGGGAAGGAAAAGGUUGAGGUGCUUCAGAUGAAUAACGUCACAAUGGUCAACCUGCAUUACAGCCAAAUGUCCAGUGAGGAGAUCAGAAUCUAUGCUGCGGCCAAUAUCAGCACCAACCUGUUCACAGUGAGCGAGCCCUGGCUGUAUUCUCUCGUCUGGUGUAUGGGGGCUCACUCCGUCACCACUGAUGCUGCUCACAUCCUCAAGAGGAUUCAGCGACCAGCCUUCCUAAUGACUCCCAGACAAUACACCGCUAUGUGGCUCUCGACAGACCUGGUGUCCUGUGGCCUCAUCUCUCUGAUAUUUGUGUUCAACUGGUGGAGAGAGAAUGGGUUUCUCUGCUGUCCCCACCAACAGAUUUUAAGAAAGAACAGAAAUGACGGUAAUCUACAGACUGAAUUCUCCGUGCGGCCAAUCACCGGGAGAAUAGCGCCAGGAGAAGCCCAGAGCAACACCAUCACCAUGUAACAGGGACAGAGCAACACCCUCACCGACUGCCCUUCCCAAAGGUUAAAGGCAAUCGCUGUCUCACAGCCUGACAUACGUUUGCUGACAACACCACCAGUGGAGGCCUGUAACUCAGAGGUUAGAGCUCUCGCCUCGCCAGCCAGAGGCUUCCCGGGCAGGGAGAAACCAUAGAUUCCUUACUCCACGCACCUCUUUACCAGCAGUGAGUAGGAACCCCGUUGUCAGUCGAUUGAUGAAUUGUUUUUCCGGAGGUAAUAACCCG